GCUUGGGAGCUCCUCCUCCUCACCCACUAAUUUGCAGCUUUCACCUGAGGGUCUGAGCGAAGCCCGGGCGGCGCACGUGCAGUGGAUACCUCCACCCCCUUGGGAGGCGGGGUCGCGCUCAGAGCCAAUGAGAGCUUGCGGGGUGGAGGGGUAGGGAAGCUUCCAGAGGCUGGUGGGGAGGAAGUUAUAAAGAGGGUAGGAGGGGGCCAGCGGGAGGGCCAUGCAGUCCAAGCGGGAUUGUGAGCUGUGGUGUGAGAGGGUGAAUCCAGAGAACAAGGCGGCGCUGGAGGCGUGGGUCAGGGAGACAGGCAUCCGCCUGGUGCAGGUGAACGGGCAGAGGAAGUAUGGCGGGCCACCCCCAGGCUGGGUGGGCAGCCCGCCGCCAGCUGGGUCAGAGGUAUUCAUCGGGCGGCUGCCUCAGGACGUGUACGAGCACCAGCUUAUCCCGCUGUUCCAGCGCGUGGGCCGCCUCUACGAGUUCCGCCUGAUGAUGACCUUCAGCGGCCUGAACCGCGGCUUCGCCUAUGCCCGCUAUAGCUCGCGGCGCGGCGCGCAGGCCGCCAUCGCCACGCUGCACAACCAUCCGCUGCGGCCGUCCUGCCCGCUGCUCGUGUGCCGCAGCACCGAGAAGUGUGAGCUGAGCGUUGACGGCCUGCCGCUGAAUCUGACCCGCAGCGCGCUGCUGCUCGCGCUGCAGCCGCUGGGUCCCGGCCUGCAGGAGGCGCGGCUGCUGCCCAGCCCCGGACCGGCGCCUGGGCAGAUCGCUCUGCUCAAAUUCAGCUCUCACCGGGCCGCUGCCAUGGCCAAAAAGGCCCUGGUGGAAGGGCAGUCACACCUCUGUGGAGAGCAGGUGGCUGUGGAGUGGCUCAAGCCAGACCUGAAGCAGCGACUCCGCCAGCAGCUUGUGGGUCCCUCCUUGCGGCCCCCGCAACCAGAGGGCAGCCAGUUGGCCUUGGCAAGGGACAAGUUAGGGUCCCAAGGGGCUCGGGCUACCCUGCAGUUGCUGUGCCAACGAAUGAAGCUGGGCAGCCCUGUGUUCCUCACUAAGUGUUUGGGCAUAGGACCUGCUGGCUGGCACCGCUUCUGGUAUCAGGUGGUGAUUCCUGGGCAUCCGGUGCCUUUCAGUGGCCUCAUCUGGGUUGUGCUGACCCUAGAUGGCCAGGAUGGGCAUGAGGUGGCCAAGGAUGCUGUGUCUGUUCGGCUGCUGCAGGCACUCAGUGAGUCUGGGGCCAGCCUCCUGUGGUCUGCUGGGGCUGAGGCAGGUACCAUGGUUAAACAGUGACUCCAUUCUCUCUCCACAGGCAGCCUGAAUGGGCAGGCAGAGCCUGUGUCAGGCCCCAGCCCAGCAGGCCUGGGUGGCCACUAUCUGACUCCCAAAGGUGGGGAGAGGCAUGGGCCCAGGCCAUCAGCCUCCCUGCUGGGACAGGGACCUACGGCACCUGGGGCAGCUUAGGUUUGGCUUAAGUUGUGGUGAGGGGCCUUGCUCUCCCCCUCCCAACCCAGGGUCCAAGCUACCCUGUGGUCUUCCAUGGCCAUUCCUUGUCCCACACCCACCCGAUCAUACCUUCCCCCCUCUGCCACAGCUUAGCAUGAAUCUUCUUUAUUGUCCUGAUUUGUCUUCUUUGUUGGUUUUUAUUUGCGGGGAGGGGCAGCUGAGCCACAGGGGUCAGAAAUUCUGCCCUUUGGCUCCACCACAUGGCAUUCUGGUUUUGGUUUCUGUGUAGUUUUGGGUCUUUCUAUGCUGGUUGUAUUUAUAUUAAACCCCUGGUUAGUAUA